CGUUCUCCCCACUCUUCCCUGUCCUCUUCUCAUCUCUUCCCUUCCUGUCCCAGCUCCAUCUCCUUGCUCGCACAUCACAUCCCCGUACCACCUCGGAGCUGAAAUGAGCGGCGGCGGCGGCGGCUUGGGCGCCGGCUUCUCGUACCAGAAGUUCGCCCACGUCGCGCUGGAGCGGACCCGCCUCCACACCGCCCUUGCCUCACACCCAUCACAGGAAAAGUUCAAGUUCAUAAAACCCAAUGAGGAUAACACUGUUAUGAAUGCUCUCUCAUUCAGCGCCCCCAAGAUUAGACUGCUUCGGAGCCUGACAAUUGAACAGAAAAACUCGGUUCAGGUUCUUGACUUUGCUGCCUUCUCAGAACCUGAAUACGACCUUCCUAUAUUUUGUGCCAACGCUUUUACAUCUCCUGCACGUAGUAUUGUUGUCUUGGAUCUCAAUCCUUUGUACGACACCACUGAACACGAGGAUUACAGGGGAAAAUACUACAGGAAUUUGAUGCCUCUUAUACACAAGUACAGUGAGCUUCUGCCCUGGGGUGGCAAAAUUACAAGCGAGUCUCUGAGAUUCUUCUCUCCUAUUGUUAUCUGGACAAUACUUGAGCCAACUGAGGCCAACCACCAAGUUCUAUACUCAGCCUUCAUGGAUUACUACAAGGUCUGGCUCGAGUUAAUGGAUGAAGCAGUUCAAGAAACAAGUUUAGAAAAAGUUGAUCGAAAUAGAGAAGCACAACAUAAAUAUCUCACAUGGAGAGCCGAGAAGGAUCCUGGUUAUUCACUGUUAAAAAAGUUGAUUGGUGAAUGUGCUGCCAAGGAUUUGGUGAGAGAAUUUCUGUUUGAAGGAGUCGAUUCGCUCGGGACGAAGUCAUUCUUGGAGUAUUUCCCCGAAUAUGCACAGGGAGGUGGGACGGUAAACAAGAAGCGGAGUAUGAUCGGGAAGUCAUUUGAAUCUCGGCCUUGGGAUGCUCGUGGGCAGUUCAUCGGCGAUGCUGGUGAUGGAUAGCAGCUAGCUGUUGUGCUUCAUCUAGACACAGCCGCGCUUAUUUCUCUUUGUUGUUCUUGAUAGCUGUUUUGCUUGUGCAAAGCUGCUGGACAUUUCUUUCUCGAAGCUUAAUUUCCCAGUCGCAUGGCGGACUAGUUCUUGUGUGU